UUCAGGAGCGUGCAGCAAGGAAAUGGACAAUCUGCGGAAACACAACGUCUACAAUCUGGUGCCCCUCAGCAGUGUUCCCAAGGGAGAGAAGAUCCUCGGAACGAAAUUCGUCUUCAAGAAAAAGCUGGACGGACGCUUCAAAGCUCGCCUGGUAGUCGGAGGACAUCGUCAAGAGCCAGGACAGGACUACGGACGCAGCUACGCACCAGUAUGCCGUAUCGGGAGCAUUCGCAUGACGUGCGCCAUUGGCUGCCACAACAACUGGCCCAUCUACCAACUGGACGUUGUCGGUGCCUUCCUGAACGCCCUCUGCGACAGAUAUGUGUACGUCAGACCCGCCCCCGGUACAUCCGCCAAGAACUCAGCGACGGGAGAACCCAUGGUGUACAAACUAGAACGGAGCCUCUACGGCCUAUCGCAGUCGCCUGCGCUCUGGAACGACACCCUGGACGAAUCCCUCACGGUGUUCGGAUGGAAAAGGACUCAAUCCGACCCCUGCGUGUACGUGUAUACCAGCGGCAACAUCAUCGUGAUUCUCACGGUCUACGUAGACGACAUUCUUAUCACAGGAGGAGACCAGCAGCUCGUGGACCAGAAGAAGAAGGAGCUCACGGAUCGAUUCGAGAUGACCGACAUGGGAGAGGUAAAGCGGAUCCUCGGGAUCGACGUGCAGCGGGACUACGAGCAAGGAACCCUGGCCAUUUCACAGGAGCACUACGUGAACACACGUCUGGAGCGGUUCGGAAUGCAAGAGGCCAACCCAGUGAGCACUCUUGGAUACGGAGCGGAAAUCUCCACGAAUCAACCUCAGGACCAAAUCCUAGGACCCACGGACAAGAAAAUCUACCAGUCGAUGACAGGAAGCAUCCUCUACCUGGCCCAGUGCACUCAAUUCGACCUCUCCUACGCUGCCCUACAACUUUCCAAGGCCUGCAGCAACCCAGCGCAGGUGAACAUGACAGCAGCCAAGCACGUUCUGCGAUACCUUCGGGGUAAUCCAGUUCUUCCUAUCGUCUACAAGAGAGGACAGUUUCGGCUAGCGGCGUUUACGGAUUCAUCCUUCGGAGCAAACCCCGACAACGGAAGAUCUACCACGGGAUAUCUCUUCUUUCUGGCUGGAGGACUCAUCAGCUACGGUGCGAAGACUCAAACUCUAACCGCGCAAAGCACGGUCGAAGCCGAGAUUCAAGCACUUAGCUACUCAGCCAGAGAGGCGGUCUACAUCUCAAAUUUUAUGACGGAACUCAACUUCAAGACCUUCGGAUCGGUUCCCAUCAACAGCGACAGCACCGGAGCGCUGACAGUGGCCGGGAAUGCCAUGCACUCUCAACGCACGAAGCACGUGGCCCUGAGGUACUUUUUCAUCCGGGAGCUAGUACUACGGGGACAAAUCACUCUUCACCACCGGCCCAGCGAGCACCAGUUGGCUGAUAUCGCGACCAAGUACCUCCCAAAGCACCGAUUCGCCUCCAUCAUUCAGCAGAUUAAGGACUUCUCGUGUUGA